AUGCGCUCCGUUUCACUCACGCUACUUAGUUUGGUAUCUUAUGCUCUCGCCUCUCCUCUAACCAAACGCGCCUCUGGAGUCACUACUGACGCUUCUCAAGCCAAUGCUCACUCCUUCGACUAUAUUGUUGUUGGUGCUGGUCUUACUGGAACAACAGUAGCUGCGCGACUAGCCGAAGACUCUGGUGUAACAGUUCUUCUUAUCGAAGCUGGAGCAGACAAUCGUGACGAUUCUCGCGUCUACGAUAUAUAUGCUUACUCUCAGGCCUUUGGUACCGAACUAGACUGGAGUUGGUCGACAGACGAGGGCAAGACCAUCCAUGGGGGGAAAACCUUGGGUGGAAGUUCUUCGAUCAAUGGCGGACACUAUACACGCGGUUUGGAUGCGCAAUUUGAUGCGUGGUCUUCACUCUUGGAAGAAAACGAGUCAGAUAUGGGCUGGAACUGGGAAGGUAUGCUCAAUUACAUGAAAAAGUCGGAGGCUUUCUCCGCGCCCAACGGACAACAAUCUGCAAAGGGCGCACAAUUUGAUGGUGAUUACCAUGGAUACGACGGUCCUGUUCAAGUGACAUACCCCGACGAGAUGUAUGGCGGUCCUCAACAGGGCGACUUUGUCAACACAAUCGUCAAUCUUACAGGCAUCUACCAUUCCCCCGAUAUCAAUGGCGGCGGAGCAAACGCCGUCUCGAUCACACCUUUCACCAUCAAUUGGCACGACGAUGACCACCGUUCCUCAUCUGUUCAGGCAUACCUUAGCCCUGUCGAAGGUGUGCGAACCAACUGGCUCACCCUUGCUGAACACCAGGUUACUAAGAUCAAUUGGGCCAAUGCCGGUAGCAUUCCCUUAACUGCAUCUGGCGUCGAAUUUGCUCCCACAAGUGGAGGUCUCCUGCGCUACUUCAACUUUCUGGAGUCGGCGACUCUGAUGUCCUGGGAUCCUCUUGGAAUCGAUACAUAUAUCGAUCUCAAAACUGUCGGUAAAAAUCUCCAGGAGCAGUAUUUGGUGAUGAAGCGGCAGGCGUCUGUUAGCAAGAUCCAGUCUAGUUUGUCGUCCUGGGCUAGCAGCCAAGCAAGUUCAGCGCUGAGUGCAGAUGCUUUAGAGGAGAUAUACAGCAUCCAAGCUGAUCUGAUAAUCAACCAGAACGCUUGGUUACUUCAGUUCGCACCGUUGGCCCUAACGUUCUUGCGAAGUCCUCUUGGUAUCGAUCAAUGGCAGUUACUCCCAUUCAGUAGAGGAACUGUCCAAAUCUCCACCACGGAUCCAUUCACUCAGCCGACCAUUAACGUGAACUAUUUCUCCGUUGACUGGGACCUCGACGUCCAAAUCGCCAGCGCCCGGCUGUCUCGCACUAUUCUUACCAGUCCUCCACUCAGCGACCUCUCGACCGGUGAAACUAUCCCGGGGAAUUCAGUUCCCGACGACAGCGACCGCGGCAGCGAAGACGAUUGGAGAUCGUGGAUUACCAAUGGCUUCGCGGCGGUGUCGCACCCAAUUGGGACCCUAGCUAUGAUGAAACGUAGUCUUGGCGGUGUUGUCGACUCUCAGCUCAAGGUUUACGAUACCUCUAACGUUCGCGUUGUUGACGCUUCGAUUGUGCCUUUACACAUCAGCGCUCAUCUUGCGGCAGGAUUGUAUGGUGUUGCUGAAAAGGCGGCUGAUUUAAUCAAGGCCUCAUAUUGAGUGUCUCGAUACCCUUAUACUUAUACCCACCUGGACAGUUGCUUUUAUCCGUACUAACAGGAGACGGCUUAUUCUCAUCGACGUUCUUUUCGAGCUGAUACUACUCUACGAACUUGUCUAGUAAGUA